AUGAUCCAGUCGAGUAUGUCAUGGCAACCAAAGCUUCGCCCCAAGGGCUUUCCCCAUAGCAUUGACGACUUUGCGGCAAUGGCCUCACUAUCGGAAUUGGAACAUCGGACCAGGACGGGCGAGGACAAACGCGACCAGCGUGUCUUCCGGGUCAAGCGCAAGCAUGUUUUAAAGGCGUGUGAUCGCUGUCGCGUGAAAAAGACCAAGUGCGACGGGAAACAGCCUUGCAAUCGCUGCUCACUAUACAACCACCCAUGUUUGUUCCGCGAGCGAAAGGCUACUCAGACUAAAGUAUACUCUCGAGGCUUUGUCGAAAUGCUCGAAUCCCACCACUCACUGGUAGUCAAGGCUCUGCAGAAACUCUACAAGUUCUGCAUCAACAACGAAAGCUUCCCUGGCGAGCCACUGGCUGAAGCACCGGACGGCCACCCUCUAACGCACGCAAUUCUUGAUCGACUGGGGCUAAUCAAACAAGCUGAGGAGAACGCCGACGAACCAGAUGAGGACUCCGAAGAUCUACGAUACUUGCGCCUGUUAUCAACGUCGACAGAAUGCAGUGUCACGGCCGAGCCCUCCCCUGAGCCAACGACUCCCCCAGAAUCUUCGCCUACCACCUUAUCACACUCAACAUGCCCUAUCCCUACACCCAUUCCGAGUCGCAGCAGCGCCGCCGGAAACUGGCAGUGGGAUCUUCAGCCGGUCCAACAACCAAGCUACAGCUACCCUGACGCGGGAUACCAUGACUUGAUGACCAUGCAGCGGUCAUCCAUGAACGCAUCAGAUAUGGGUACUGAUGUCUCGCCUCCCAUUGAGUUAUCGGCCGGCCCUUCCAGUCUCCCGCUUCACCCCCAGCAUAACCCCUCAUUUUCAUAUGUUCUUGAUGGCUGCUGUGAUCAUGCGGUUGGACAGCCUGAUGUCAAACCUGUUAUGACUCGACAUCAUAGUCUGAUGAAUACGCACCUGCAUUCGAACCCGCAUCCCCGCUCGCAUCCGCAUGCCAAUCCUCUAGCGGGCGAUUUGCCUGGUCAAAUGAUCGACGAAUUUCAGUUUCAGGCACCUGAUGCCGGGUUCUAUCAAGGCUUUACACCUGGCUGGUCUUUCCCCUCUGGGUAG